AGAGAGCGAGGGAAAACAAAAAAAUCUUCUCGCUAUCUCCUUCCUCGUCUUCUCCUUUCGUCCCCCGCCACCGCUUCCCGCCAUGCCGCCACCGCCGCCGCAGCGGCCGGCUCCCUCCCGCGCCGGCCGCGCGAACCUCUUCUCCGCCCCGCCGCCUCCCCUCUCCAACCGCCGCUACCCGCAGCACCGGUCCCUUCCCCUCCCGCCACUCCCCCCUCGCCGCCGCCACCCCAGGAACCAUCCCGAGCAGCGUUCCCAAGAACAGCAGGAACCAGCAGACGGCGGUCCGAGAGCGACCACCAGCAACGACAGCCCCGCCUUCCGCGCGGCGCACCUCCGCACCGCGUACCGCAAGCCCGUGCCCCCGGUCGCGGCCGCCGGCGAUGGCGAGGCUCUCCUCGCCGCCGACCCGGCCGACGCUGCCUCGGGCCGCGCCGUCGUCGUGGGGCCCUCGGGCCUCUCCUUCCGCCUCCCCGGCGCGCCGUUCGACUUCCAGUUCAGCUACUCCGAGGCGCCCCGCGCGCCGCCGCUCGCCAUCCGGGAGCCCGCGUUCCUGCCCUUCGCGCCGCCGACCAUGCCGCGGCCCUGGACGGGCAAGGCGCCGCUGCUCACCAAGGAGGAGAAGGCGCGCCGCCGGGGCGUGCGGCUGCACACGCCGCUCGGGCAGGAGUCGCCGCAGACGGUGAGCCCGCACGGGAUCAUGAUGGAGGUUAGGGGGAGGAGGCAGAGGGACCUGGCCAGGGUGAGCCCCGGCGACGGCAGGACCAGGGAUGAGGUGCUCGGCGAGCCGCUCACUCGCGCCGAGGUGCGCGAGCUCGUCAAGCCUCACAUCUCGCACAACCGACAGCUCAAUAUUGGAAGAGAUGGCUUGACUCACAAUAUGUUGGAAAUGAUACAUUGUCAUUGGAGGCGGCAGGAAAUCUGUAAAGUUAGAUGCCGAGGUGUUCCAACUGUCGAUAUGAACAAUCUCUGUUAUUACCUUGAGGAAAAGUCAGGUGGAAAGGUUAUUCACAGAGUAGGUGGCGUUGUUUUUCUAUAUCGAGGGAGACAUUAUGACCCACGGACUCGUCCUCGCUAUCCCCUAAUGCUCUGGAAACCUGCUACUCCUGUAUAUCCAAAACUCAUCAAGGAAGUCCCAGAAGGGCUUACAAAAGAAGAAGCAGAUGAAAUGAGAAGAAAAGGGUGUGAUCUGCCACCAAUUUGUAAAUUAGCAAAAAAUGGAAUAUAUAUCACUCUUGUCAAGGAUGUGCGAGAUGCUUUUGAAGGAAAUGACCUAGUGAAGAUUGAUUGUGAGGGUUUGAAUCCAAGUGACUACAAAAAGAUAGGAGCAAAACUAAGGGAUCUUGUUCCUUGUGUUCUUUUAUCAUUUGAUAAUGAACAGAUAUUAAUGUACCGAGGCAAAGAAUGGAAAUCCAGAUACUCGAAGCCUCUGACUCUCAUUCCAAAAGUUCCAAAGAAUUAUACGACAGUGUCAACUGAUGUGAGUGGUUCAGAUACCGAUGAAGCCACCGAUGUCAGCGCUCAAGUCAUGGUAAGAGAAGUAUUAAGGCCCAAAAUAUUUAAAUUGUGGAAGAGUGCAGUGGACUCGUCUCUGGCAUUGCUGCUGGAUGAUGCCGAAGCAAACGUUCUCACACCCGAUUCACUCCUGACGAGGGUUGAGGAGUUCAGCAUCACAUCUCAGGCAGUGGAGCACUCAUUUCCAGCUCUGGUUGUGGCCAAUCACAACGAGGUGGACACCAAAUGUACAAGUGCCGAGUACAUAAACGAUGAGUCUGAAACGAGCAUUGUUGCCGGAAACCAAGAGGACCAGCUUGAUCAAUCACCUGAUCUCAGCAACGACGAACACUUUGAACUCGACAUGCUCGAGCGCCUGGAGUCGUCAUUGCCAUUAGGAUCGCUGCCGAUCGACACUAUGAUAGAGCAGCUGAACAGUGACUGAAUUGUAACAGUAGUUCAGCACGUUGUGGGGCUUAACUGCUGAUUAUCUGAUCGCAUUCUUGCAUUGUGUAUCCAUUCUGUGCUCCAACCGCAUCCUGGCGGUCGCGAUAUCUGUGAAUCUCCAGGGAUUUGCCAGCAAACAUGAUGUAAAGAAACUGACUGCAGCAUGUGAAUGUACUUAUGCACCAUUUGUAAAGAAGUGGCCUGAUGCCUGAACCUACCACCAUCACCUUUGCACCA